AAUUACCUGUUCAAUACUUAAUAAUAUGCAGCAUGCAAUAAAAAUUUAUAUUACAGAUUGGUGUAAUGUUUAUGAAUUUUAUGAUUAUUGAAACUGUUAAAAAGUACAUUUAUGAACCAUCGUUGUUUGCAAAUUUAUAUUUCGAUAAUUUGGCAAAAUGUUGCAUUAUCUUUUAGGUGUUUUUGUUUUACUGCCUCUUUCGUAUAGUCUGGAUGAUAGUGUUAUUGCAAUUUCCCCAAAUGAUUUCGUUACUGUUGAACGAGUUGAAAAUGGAACUAGAAGAAAAUCAAUACUUCGUUACGGCUUUCACAGAACAUCAGAAUGUUUGAAUUUCGAAAAGGCCUAUCUAUGCAUACAAAAAUGUCUAGAUUUGAAAUAUGACAUUGCAUAUGCAGAUAAGAAAUGUUAUUGUACAUGUUAUAUUAAAAAAGACAAAGCAAAGUACAUAGAUAAAUCAGGGACUCAGGAAAAAUGGAAAUUAGGUGCGCCCACGACAAAACUACCGAUAUGGGCUCAGAAAAAAGAUAUAAAACCGGAAACGCAUUUUGAAGUUGAAAUUGAAUUGGAUAAUUUGAGCGGAAAUGACACAUCUGUUUUUGGAAACCAAUCGAUUGCUGAAAUUAUCGUGGAAAAUAAAACUAGUGUAUCAAGUGAAGUUAUCGGUGAAAAUAGUACAGCUGAACCUUUAUCUAAUUCUACAGAUUUACUCGUUAACGCUACAACAAUAAGUGAUAAUAUCGCGGAUACGACUGUUGUUGCAUAAUCAAGUACAUAUAUAAUUUAAUUUUUAAGUAUACUUAAAAAUUAUAACUAAAUAGAAAACGUGUUUUGAUAUCAUCUUUCCUAUGUGAUUCUAUUUUUGGUUAUGAAACACGGUCCUUGUUGGUGAUUUGUGGUCGAUGCCGGAGUCCCCGUAAGUUUAGUUUAAGUAUGUGACUGUGUUAGCCUUAAAUUGAAACAAAGAACUUCUAUUAGGUCUUCUCCAAAUAAAUGUGUAGCAAAAAGGCAGAUCUGUA